GCGGAGGUGGGCGCGCGAGUGCCAUUGGCGGCGUGUCUUUCGAAUGCGAAGUGGGUGGUAUGCGCGGCCCGUCGCCUGCCGGGCUUUUUCCUCGAGCCGCUAUAUUGCACUCCUCUGCUUCCGCGCUUUGUCGUCAUCGAAAGGUAGCAGAUCUGUGCGUCGUGUUUAGCUGCAGGUGCGCAUGGCUGACAUGGUGAGGAAGUUGGCUCUGCUAAUUAUCCUGUUUGGGGCGGUGGUGCUGCUCAUAGCUCUGCAGGCGUGCCACCUGGCCGGUGCUCGCAUCCGGCGUGGAAGGAGGAAGGGGUUGAAGACGCUUCGACAGGGCGCAUCGGGGAGCAAAGGGAUGGGGGACGAAUACAGUCGGGGUUGUGAGGGUUUUGGGAUUGGGAGGGGGGUGUACGGAGGAGGGAGUGGAAUGCAACACAAAUCUGAUCCAAAUUUGUAUUCGCAUCUCCCUUCUCACCAGCAGCCUUUGCCUGAUGACAUGACCUGGACGCCCCCUCCGUCGACAUUGGGUCUGGCAUGGGGGUCGACACAGACGUCUUACGACACACCACCGCGAGUUGAAAGCACCGGAGGGGGUGUGGGUCCGAUGUCCGCUUUGCUGGCCGAAACGCGGGGCAGAGGCCGUCAUCCAUUCGAUUUGCAACUGUCACCGACGGCCACCAUGGAUGUGUCUAGAACGUUCCUCGUCCAGCGGAGUGGACAGGGUGGCGGUGCGAGCACGCAGAUGCAUGCCAGUGUCCUUGACGACGGGGUGUCAAUGCAUCGGCCGAACCACAUGUCAAGGCCUGCGCCUAGCCAGGACGCAGCAGCGGGCAGCGUGCCGUAUCACCAACCUGCGGCAGGCGCGGCCAUGCAGGAUCAGAGGGCUGAUGUGGGUGGUGUUGCGGAAUCCCCUCGAUGCGUGGAGCGUAUCGUCUGCCGGUUCAACAGCUUUGCGGGCGACCAGCGAAGGUGACGGAGCAGGCGCGGCCAUGCAGGAACGGAGGCCUGAUCUGGGUGGUGUUGCGGAAUCACCUUGAUGCG